AUGGUUGCUGCAGCCUCAGUCGAAGCUCUACAUUACAUGAAGACCUUGAAGUCGAUCUCGUUGUCGGUUCAAGAGCUCAUCGAUUGUGACACAGAGAGUCAUGGGUGUCAGGGUGGCCACGAAGAAAAUGCUUUCAGAUAUAUAAGCAAAAAUGGACUCUCGAGCGAAUCCGACUACCCAUACAUGGCUCGGAGGAGUAAAUCUGGUUGCAAGAGAAACAAAACAGCAGCAGCAAUAAGGAUAUCAGGCUUUCGAUUUGUCAAGCCAACUGAGGAUGCUCUAGAGAAAGCGGUAGCGAAGCGUCCCGUGGUGGUCACUUUGCAGUUUUUCGAUGAUCUGUAUGAGUACAAAGGAGGCAUCUUGGAUUGUAAAGCUGUCAAUGGAAAGACCGAUCGCUUGCAUCCUGUCCUGAUUGUCGGUUAUGGCACAGAUUCCAAUGGCAUCAAGUACUGGCGCUUCAAGAACUCGUGGGGACCAAACUGGGGUGAGAAGGGCUUUGGGAGGAUCCGCAGGCAUGUUGAUGACAAGCGAGGUGUGUUAGGUAUCUUCAUGGAACCAGCAGUAUAUCCGGUGCUCGAGGACUGA